AUGAGGAAUUUUGCGGGAAGAACAGUGCUCAUCACCGGGGCAUCACGUGGUAUUGGCAAAGAAAUAGCUCUGAAAUUAGCUAGAGAUGGUGCAAAUAUUGUUGUAGCUGCGAAAACUACUGAGGUUAAUCCUAAACUACCAGGAACUAUUUAUUCAGCCGUCGAAGAUAUUGAAAAGGCAGGUGGUAAGGGAUUGGCAUGUGUAGUUGAUGUUCGUGAUGAGCAAACUAUAACAAAAGCAGUCUAUGGGACUGUCAAAAAGUUUGGUGGAAUCGAUGUUUUAAUCAAUAAUGCAAGUGCAAUAUCGCUUGCAGGAACAUUACGAACUACCGUUGAAAAAUUUGACUUAAUGCAUCAAAUCAAUGCACGCGGAACAUUCUUAAUGUCUCAGAAAUGUAUUCCUUUUUUAAAAAAGGGCACAAAUCCUCAUAUAUUGAAUAUUAGUCCACCUUUAACCAUGACAAAACAGUGGUUUGCUAAUCAUGUCGCAUAUACAAUGGCCAAGUAUAGUAUGUCAAUGUGUGUGUUGGGUAUGCAUGAGGAACUGCGACCAUUUAAAAUUGCUGUAAAUGCUCUUUGGCCCAAGACAGCCAUCUGGACUACAGCCAUGGAAAUACUUUCAAAUGGAACCGCUGAAAAUCAGUGUCGAAAGCCGACUAUUAUGGCAGAUGCUGCAUAUGCGAUACUUUCUCGGGAUAGUACCACUUACACAGGAAAUUUUGCAAUCGAUGAAUACGUCUUAAGAGAAGAAGGAAUACGAGAUUUCGAUCACUAUCCGAAUAAACAUGUAUUCGAUCUACCGAAUACAUGUUCGGAUGUUUUUUUCAAUUUUAUUUCCAAAAUGGACCACAGAAUAGUAUCUUCAGGAGUUCCACUUCUGCAAGAUUUCUUUAUUCCUGAUGAUGCGAAGGAAGCUACAAAUCUCGAAACACCCGUUCCUAAUUCUGUGCUAAAUGUUAUCAUCGAUAAAAUUAAGCUGCUUAUCACUUCAGAUGUUGUCCAGAAGGUUCAGGCCAUCUGCCGACUCGAUAUUGAAACAAACGCAGUUUUAAUUUCAGGUUCAGAUAUUCAUCAUGUGUACAUAGAUAUGAAAAAUAGAGCUGAAGUGUAUGAGUCAGAGAGUGAUAACGAAGAUGUGGACGUACAUCUUACAACCGAUCUACACACGUUAUCGAAAUUAUUCAACAGCAAAAUUUCAGCAACGGCUGCAUUUGCAUCAGGAAAAUUAAAAAUUAACGGCAAUAUGGAGAAGGCUAUUAUACUUCUAUCACAAAUUGUCAAACCAUAA